CAUCGCGAAUCGCCACUUCGCCUGUUGGCCAGUCAUUCGCGGCUUCCGUCGUCAGUUGGACGUGUCGAAAAUAGCGCAGAUUAUAUUUACAAGUUCCCGCCAUUCUAGCGGUUGACAGUUCAGUGGUAAAUUAUUUUCAAUUACCAAGACAUCCAAAUGGCUUCGGUGGAAACGCAUAAAAAUGGCAACGCGCAGAACCUUCUAUCAAAGGCGCCAUGGACUGAUGAGCAAGGCAUCAGUAUGAAGAUCUACCAAGGCGUAAUGCUCACCCUGGAGGUGAUCGUGCUCAUCGUCAAGAUGUACGCGACCUGGUUCUACAGCAUUUACAAGUUUUUCGUGCCCCCCGAACCUAAGAGCGUUAAGGGCGAAAUUAUACUUAUCACAGGUGCCGGCCACGGUAUGGGCCGAGAGAUGGCGCUGAGCUUCGCUAAACUCGGAGGCACCAUCGUGUGCGUGGACAUCAACCCUACAGGCAACCAGGAGACCGUCGAAAUGAUUAAAGAUAGCAAAGGAAAAGCGCAUAGUUAUCUCUGCGACGUAACAAGCCGCACAUCGAUCAACGAAAUGGCGGACAAGAUCCGCAAGGAGGUGGGUGAAGUGUCAAUCCUCAUCAACAACGCAGGGAUAAUGCCCUGCAAGCCAUUGCUUCAGACUGGCGAGAAGGAGAUACGUACUGCCUUCGAAGUCAAUUGUCUGGCGCAUCUUUGGACUCUUCAAGCUUUCCUCCCCGGUAUGAUGGAACGUAACCAUGGGCACAUAGUGGCCAUGUCAUCCAUGGCAGGUGUUAUCGGUCUCCGUAACUUGGUACCCUACUGCGGCACCAAGUUUGCUGUGCGUGGUAUGAUGGAAGCCAUCCAUGAAGAGCUGAGAGAGGACCCGAGGGAUUUUAGUGGAAUCAAACUGACUUGUAUCUGUCCGUAUAUCGUGGACACUGGUCUCUGCAAGAACCCGAAGAUAAAGUUCCCCUCCCUAAUGAAGAUCCUCUCACCUCAAGAGGCUGUUAAGCAUAUAGUAGAUGCCGUUCGAAGAGAAUACCAAGAGAUUACCAUUCCUAGCUCGCUUUAUUAUAUUAAUCAAAUGUUCCGAGUAUUCCCCCGAUCAGUACCUCUACAUAUCAAAGACUUCCUGGACUCCGGACUGGAGGCGCAGUAACAACGCUGCUUACAACACGGUAUGUUUUCGCAAUUCAAAGACUAAGGGUGCAAAGUCUUUUUAGACAACUUAGGAUCAAAAUUUUUUGCCACAAAUAUUAUCUAAGUAAUAUACAACAAUGCAGGAUGUAUAAACAAGGAGCGAUAAAUAUUUUUCUCAUCAAAUACUUCACAGCUCGAAUGAAGAAUGUUUUCGUUUUCUUUAUUAAAAUUGUCUUAAAACUUUGUCUGAAGUUGUUGAAUGGAUUUGUGCUAAAACAUUUCGCCAAAAUAUUCUGUAUGACCAGAUUUUUUUCAAAUCUGUUUUGGUUUUCGUUAACAUUCUGCCUUCAAUGAUUCAAUUAAAUAAAAUCCUUAUUCUUACAAUAUUCAAUAUGAUGAUUAACAAGUUAAAGAGAAAUAUAAUUGCGAUUUUUUCUUAAAAAUAUAUAUGUAUGGGAAGAAAUCUGACUUCAUUUUUCUUGGGUAAGUUAUCCAAAUUAUAUAUGUAUAUUUCUUUACAAUAUUGAACAUUUGAAUAAGGAUAAUAUUAGUGUACAUUAAUUGUUAUUAAUAUUUUUAAAUGGUUGAACGUUGUACAUAAGACUGGUGUAUGAUAAAGUUUUUUUUUAUUAUUUUGUUAAGCUUAAGUAGGAUAUAUAAAAUGGUGAUAGUCAAGAAAUCGUUGAUAAUAUAAUUGAGGUUAAAUUUUAAUAGAAAACAAUACGAGAAGUUAAAUUGAAAAAUUACGACCAAAAAGUUAUUCAUAGCUCAGACUUUAAAUUGCACAAAAAGUAUCAAGAUUUUCAAAUCGUGGUAUAUUUUUUUGAAUCAUUUACUUUUUAAUAUUAUCAACGGUUAUAUAUUUAUACCUAUUUACUUGUAUACAUUUGUCUUGUGCCUGUAUUCCGUUAUACUGAUAAUAUAGAUGAUAUUGUAUACUUCCUACCAGCCAGUGAUAAAUUUGGAACUCUUAAGUGCCAUUUGUCAUUUCCAUUUUAUAGUCGAUAUAUUAUGCAUUUCUAUAUAUUUGCUAAAUUCAGAAUGACU